GAAUCACAGCACAGAAAAGAAUCCCAACCAUGAACCUCCCAUACAAACAUUUAGCGAGUUUCUUUCUGCUUUUCAGCUUUUCCACGAAAGGUUCUUCCCUCGAGGAUCUUAGUGUCAUCUGGGGUGCCCUGGGUCGAGACGUGAGCCUGAAUGUCCCCGAUUUUCAAAUGAGUGAUGCUAUCAAUGAGGUUCGAUGGGAGAGAGAAGGGAGGAAGGUGGCACAGCUCAGAGGCAAGAAACCCCACCAGUUCUACAAAACGUACGAGAUAUUACAGAAUGGAACUCUGGUCAUUAAACAUCUGGAGAGAAGUUUUAACAGUACCUACAAAGUCAUCAUAUACAAUACAAACGGAACAAGUGUGUUGGAUAAAGAAUUUCAUUUGAGGAUUCAAGAGAUGGUCUCAACACCACGGAUCUCCUGGGAUUGUAGCAACAAAACCUUGACCUGUGAGGUAGUGAAUGGAACUAACCCUAAAUUAAACCUGUACCCAAAUGGGAAAUAUCUCAUAAAUGGUCCCAGGAAAGUCUUCACAUACUGGUGGAAGAAACUGCCUACAGCUUUCAAUUGCACGGCCAGGAACGAAGUCAGCGAGGAAUCCAGCGCAGGGGUUAUCAGCUGCUCAGGGAAAGGCCUAAACUUGUACAUCAUCAUUGGCCUCUGUGGAGGAAGCACCCUGUUGGUGAUCCUAGUGGCACUCAGCAUUUACUACAUUUGCAGGAGGAAAAAGCAGAAUAGCAGGAGUCAUGAUGAGGAGCUGGAGCUAAGCACCCGCUCCAAGAAAGAGUGCCCAAGGCCCGUCCACAUCCAGGCGCCCCCAACUCAAACUCCAGCAGCUGCACGCGUGCCCCUGCCACCUAGCCAUCGCUCCCAGGCCCCUCCUCAUCGUCCCCUGACUCCCGUCCACCACGUCCAGCAGCGGCAUCAGAGGAGGCCUCCUCCAUCGGGCACACAAGUUCGCCAACAGAAAGGCCCUCCCCUACCCAAACCUCGAGUUCAACCAAAACCUCCCCACGGGGCUGCAGCAAACUCCUUGUCCCCUGCCUCUCAUUAAAGAUGACGGGAACUGUCCUUUCCAAUAAAAGGUUCUGUGGAUUUCACCACCUCAGCAUGCAGGUCCAUGCUCUCUUCUGGUGGUUUCUGCACAUAAGACAGGAUGGCCUCCUGAACAAGGCUUGUGGGCUACAGCACCUUCCAACUCAGCCACGUGGUCUGGGGCCCAGCAUCUUCGGCUUCCUCGUAGACCUCUGUCACCCCAAGAAGAGAAAAACAAAGUGUGAAUUUAGGGAGAGGAGUGACAGUCCCUAAGAGUCUUAGCAGUCUUCUUGCCUCCCUCUCAGCGGCUGUGCAAAAGUGAUGCAUCAGCGGGUUACUGGGCCUGCUCAUCCUACAGGUGGCCCAUCUGCUUGAGGGACUCGGGUUUCCCAUAUGCCCCGGAGGACUCUGGUCCUCUGUCCUUGAGUAGGAAUGAAAUAAAGGUUCUAACUUGACCCUGGUGUUUGCUCACUGAAGAAAACAAGGAGUCCCGUGUCUAGGAGAGGAAGCUGCAGAUUGAAAAAGAGGCUCAGAGGUGUGAUUUAGUCACCACCAUUCACCUGAGCUGCCUGAGUCCUCACCACCACGACCAGAACAUGCCCCUGGGUCUCGGCUGCAGACAGCCUUUGUGUAGGUUUCUGUGGUGCCCUGAAGCCCCCAUGCCUGCCUUUCACCAAGAGGCCAGAAGAGCAGCCAUCUGUCACUCACUUCCUUGGCCUUUUGGAUGUGGUCCUGAUGAUCUACGCAGUUAUCGUUGAAGAGAGACUACAGAAGUACUUUGGGCACUAGGGGUCCAUCAGUUGACACCCAGAAGGGCAGACUAAGAGGCAACAACCUGGUUCCAUCCAAUCCUAAGUGUCACAGUAACUCGCCAUUCCUUAAGAACCAGACCACCUCGCUAGCAGUCAUGCCAGCUGUACUGUGGAAGAUCUGAGUGUGUGGGAAACAGUUUUCAGAUAAAGGUCUAACAAUAGGCUGUAGGAAGGCGCCUACUUUGAAGAGCUGGCACCAUGUUUGUGGUGUCGUUGCCUGCCUGCCUUCCCUUGAUUCUGUAGACGUGUUAACCCUUGUAAAGCCCCGGCAGGAAGCUCUGAGGUGUAAACCACAAACUCAGGGCUUCCUGUGAGAGCUCACAGGGGUGAGCUGCUUCUUCCUGAGAAUCUGGGCAUCUGCUGGGUCAGAGCCCAGGGCUGAUUAUCAAGGGCAAUGUGGAAUUAGACCCCUGGCCUUCUGACAUUCCAACACAGGUAUAGCUGAAUAACAGCCACCACAAGAUCUACCCAGAGGAGCGAGGGGGAUCCCAGCACUGCCAUAUCCUCGACCUUCAUUGCAGCCUUGAGUGACCAACACCAGGACCACUCCUAGAGAUCUCCUAGGGCCUUCCCUUCAGACACCCUUCUUAGUCUGGUCUACAGCUGUGCCCUGCCUCUCUUCUUGUGUAGGGUGUGGAACUCUUCCAUCCUUAUAUCAGACUCUGGGCCAGGCAGGAGAAGGGCAGAGGCAUACAGUUGAGAGUCUCAUAGGGGAGGGAUGGGCCUUGUAGGACAGUGCCACACAGCAUGCUGUGCAUAUUGGAGGUGAGUACAGAAUCCCAGAGAAAAAGUUUUUUUAAUCAGAUUUUAUUGGUAG